AUGGCAAGUCGACGCUCUUCGCGCGGCGACGCGUCCGACACGGGCGUCGCCGGCAGCGCAGCCGCCCGCCUCGUCCUGGCCUUCGAGCUGCGGCAGAAGGACCUCUCGGCCGUCGUGAUUGCCGAUGCGAGCCCUGAGGCAAUCUACGCCGAUCGAGUGACGUUCGACGAGGACUUUCCCGAGCAUCUCACCAAGAACGGUGUCUACUCGGCACCGAGAACGGAGGAGCAUGGACCCAGCUCGCUCAUGCCCGUCGAGAUGAUCGUCAAGGCGCUCGAUCUGCUCCUGGACCGGCUGCACAGCGCGCCGCACAUCCGCCUCUCGCAGGUGAGAGCUAUUGGGAUCGCCGCCGUGUCACCGUUGGCAGUGUUCCUGGCGCCGCAAGCCGCUGCUCUCCUGUCCUCGCUGCACCCCUCACGGCGCAUUCACAAGCAGCUCGGCCACGACUUCUUCUCCGUGCCGUUCUCCUCGACGCCGCAGGACGAGAGCACCACGUCGGAGCUGCUCGCGAUCGAGCGCGCACUCGAAACGGCUUGUCUGCCUCGCGAAAGCAACAGCGCGAGCGAACAAGCCUCUGGCUUCUCCUUCCACCUCGGCACGCCAGGCACCGAUCUCGUCACAAAGGCCAAGCUGCGAGAGCGCCGCAAGCUGCUGCACGCGGAGCUGGCGAGCAGGCUCGGCGCGGUGCCGGAUCUCGCCGGCUUUCCAGCCCAGCUUCUGAAGGUCCGUCGCGGACGUGCGGUCGGCUUCGUCGGCGAGCCGGGCAAAGCGCCUGCCGCAUGGUCGAACACGGCGCACAUCACGACCGCUGGCGGUCUGCUGCGCGCUCUGUUGGUCGGCCGCUUUGAGAGUCUCGCACCGUGCGAUGCCGCAGCCACGGGCAUUUACAACCCGCACGAGGCCAGCUGGGACGCGAUGCUUCUCGGCAUUGUGUCGGGCGAUCAGGAGUCGGCACUGCGACGGAUGCUCGCGACUGUCCACGCCAUUGACGCGCCGGGAGAAGUGCACGCCAGCUCUUGGCUGGUGCGGCGCUACGGCUUUGCUGAAGACUGCAUCGUCGCACCCGCUCUUCCACUUGACGUUGCGGCCUUCAUCGGUCUCUCGCCGCGUCCCACGGACGUUGGCGUCUCGUUUGGCGAGACUGACGUGCUCGCCCUGCCGGUGCGAUCCUUCAUCGCCGAUGCCCAGCACCAGCUCUUGCCGAACCCGCUCGCCGCUCAAGAUGCGGCCAUGCCGAGAUGGCUGGCGAUCGUGCGUUGGCCCGGCGGAGGCGUGGCACGCCAGAUCAUUCGCGACGUCUACACCAACGGACGCUGGUCCACCUUUCGGCAGCUGGUCAACGCAGUCAGCGUUGGAGGCCAAGUGUCGCUCGACGACAAGCGCUACGCUCUCUUCGACGGCGCGGCGAAGGCAUUCUACAAGUUCGAGCACGGAGCUCGCGUGGCGGAACUGACAGACGUCCGCGCGAACGCCCGCUGCGUCGUCGAGGGACAGGUCCUGGCCAUGCGAGCGGCCGCAUCGCGCCUGGCCCACGCAGACGCCGAGCCUUCUGGCCGUCAGUACGGUGGCACGGCGGGCGCUCUGAGCUUCGAUGCGCACGAGUGGAGCCACUUGCCGCAGCGAUGGCUCGCCUGGGGCAAGGCGAGCGCCAACGAGGCCAUCGCCGAGCUCUUCAGCCUGACGCUUGGUGCACCGCUUCUCUGCCACGAGGCAGACGUGUUCGCGGCACGAUCUGCCGCCGACGGCAUCGUCGAAGCGCAACAGCCCACACGCGGCUCCCGGCCCGCAUCGGCAGCCUCCUCCGCAGCGACGUCACUCAACGCAAGCAUUGCGAGCGCUUCGCGAGCAUGCGUCGGAGCAGCGCUAUUUGCGCGCUCACAGCUCCCUAAGCUCGCCAGCGACCCGGUUACGGUCGAGCAGCCUGCAUCACUUGCUCAGAGCGCGUAG